AUGAUGAUGGCUAUGAACGGCAAAGCGCACUUCAGCAGCGCGCUGGACAGCAUGCGGCGCGUGUGCCUCAACAGCCCGCAGGUACGUGCCAAUAUAUUCGCGGGUUUCGAUGAGAGCAUGCUGGCGGCCGCCGACCUCGCCUCGUCGUGCCACGCGGCUUUCAAGCCGGACGCGAGUCACCACGCCGCCGCCGCUGCCAUGGCGACGCACGCGCACACGCACGCGCACGGGGUCGGGGGCCUCGGGCCUCCGCCUCCUCAUCCACCGUCGUCGCUCGAAGCGGAGCUGCUGGAGCACCUGUCGUCAAGCCUGGUGGACGUGCACGCGCCCCUGCACGCUCACCACCACCACCACCUGCACGCACAGCUGCCCGCGCCUCCCACGCCCUUAGCGCCUCCUCCUCCGCCGACAGCCGCCGUGCACGUGGAGUCGGACCCUCGCGAGCUCGAGGCGUUCGCCGAGCGCUUCAAGCAGCGGCGCGUGAAGCUGGGCGUGACGCAGGCGGACGUGGGCGCGGCGCUGGCCAGCCUCAACAUGCCGGGCGUGGGCGCGCUCAGCCAGAGCACCAUCUGCCGCUUCGAGUCGCUCACGCUGUCGCACAACAACAUGAUCGCGUUGCGGCCCGUGCUGCAGGCCUGGCUCGACGAGGCCGAGGCCGAGCGCCGGCGCGCGAACGGCGCCAAUGGGAGCGCGCCUCUGGGCGGCCUCGGGAGCGAGCGCAAGCGCAAGCGCACCUCCAUCGCGGCGCCCGAGAAGCGCUCGCUCGAGGCUUACUUCGCCAUCCAGCCGCGACCUUCCUCCGAAAAGAUCGCCGCCAUCGCCGAGAAGCUCGAGCUCAAGAAGAACGUGGUGCGCGUGUGGUUCUGCAACCAGAGGCAGAAGCAGAAGAGGAUGAAGUACUCAGCGGCGCACUGA